AUGUCAAAAUCUGCGCUCGUAUUUGGCGCCUCGGGCGUAACAGGCUGGGGUUUCAUUAAUGAGAUCCUCGCUGAUUAUCCCGCAAAGGGCACCUGGAAGCGCGCUCACGCUCUCUCGAACCGUCCAAUUACCCUCUCUCAAACGCUAUGGUCGGAAGAUCCUCGUCUCAAUAUGGUCACUGGUGUCGACCUGCUCGCUCAUAGCCAAGAGGGUCUUGAGAAGGACUUGGUCGAGAAGAUUCCCGAUAUCGCGGAGAUAACCCAUGUAUACUAUUUUGCAUACAAAGCGGGUUUGGAUGUAAAGAAAGAGCUCGACGAGGCACUGGAAAUGUUCUCAAAGGCAGUCAAAGCAGUUGACAAGCUAUGUCCAGCUCUUGAAUUCAUUGUACUGCAGAUUGGGACUAAAAUCUAUGGUUGUCAUCUCCGCGCCAAUCUCUCUUGGUAUGAAUCGACGAUUCCCCCUGGCUCGUCGGUUCCUGCUCUUCCCUCGCCUCCCCUUUCCGAAUCAGCUCCACCCAUUCCCAGCCCACAUGCCGAACACUUAUUUUACCAUGCGCAGAUAGAAUUCAUCACAAAAUACGCCAAAGAUAAGAAAUGGAGCUUCCUAGAAACUAGAACCGAUCUCGUCGUCGGCUUCGUGCCAAAUAAGAACUACUACUCCAUUGCUACGUCGGUAGCAUUUUACCUAAGCGUAUUCAAGGUCGUUCACGGCGAGGGAGCAAAAUGUCCAUUUCCUGGCACGGUAGGAACCUGGAAGGCCCUGAGUAACGACGCAAGCAGCGAUAUGAUUGCACGUCAAACAAUUCAUCUUACCCUUUCUCCCUCUACCACCAAGGGUGCUGUUUAUAACCUCGGAGACUCCAAGACGCCAUACAACUGGGAGGCCAAAUGGCCUAUUCUCUGUUCGUACUUUGGUCUCGAGGCCACGGAGCCUCUCGCCGAACCAAUUGACAUACGCAAAUUUAUCAACGAAAACAUGGACGCUUGGCGGGCGACGGAGCAGAAGUACGGACUGCAAAGCGGACACAUUGAUAGCGGCCGUGGGAUGCAAAUCUCUGAGCAUUUUCUCAUGACUGCCUUCGACUUUGAUAGGCAUUUCGAUUUGACAAAGAUCUACAGUACGGGAUUUACGGAGGAGAGAACACCGAAAGAAACGUGGUGGGCCGUGUUCGACAGGAUGCGCCAGGCAAAGUUGAUCCCGUAG